AUGGGUGUCUUGGAUCUAAGCAUCAAGUCUGCACUUCAGUGCAAUUGCUUGGUUUGUGGGGCUGCGAAUGAGUCGCCAUCUGUGAAGAGGCUCCGCCUGCUUGUUACGGAUAAAGACUUUUCUUUUAAAGCUGGCCAGUGGGUUGAUUUCUUUAUCCCAGGAGUCUCAGUGGUUGGUGGGUUCUCAAUAUGCUCCAGUCCCAGACUGCUGGAAGAAGAGAGAAUGAUAGAAUUGGCAGUGAAAUAUACGAACCACCCUCCUGCUCUCUGGAUUCACAGUCAGUGUACACUUGACUCGGAAGUGGCCGUGAGAGUGGGCGGAGAGUUCUUCUUUGUCCCAGAGCCUGCGGAUGCCCCCAGAAACCUCGUGUUGAUUGCAGGGGGAGUCGGAAUUAACCCUCUGCUCUCCAUUCUGCGGCAUGCGGCCGACCUGCAUAGAGAAUGGGCAGACAAAGGAGGCGGCUAUGAGAUGGGGACGAUAAAGCUCUUCUACAGUGCCCAAAACACCAGUGAGCUCUUGUUUAAGAAAAAUAUCCUCGAUUUAGUAAAUGAAUUUCCUGAGAAGAUUGCGUGCCGUUUGCAUGUUACAAAACAGACAACACAAAUCAGUGCAGAACUCAAGCCAUACAUCACGGAAGGAAGAAUAACGGAAAAGGAGAUAAGUGAUCAUGUUUCAAAAGAGACUUUGUUCUAUAUUUGUGGCACACCUCCAAUGAUAGACUUUUUCUCCAAGCAACUGGAAAACAGCCAUGUACCCCCAGAACACAUUUGCUUUGAGAAGUGGUGGUAGGGAGCGGGCAAAGGUAGAAAAGAGAAAGGUGCAAAGUCUCCUCAGGACAGCAACAGAGACAGAAUUUGUGGCACGACAGAUUUACCCCUACUCAGCUUUGCUUUUUUUUUUUUUUUUUUUAAGGCUGAACUAAGUGACCAGAUGGAGUGUAAAAGAAAAAACCCAGCUGACAGACUUAGAUGAUAAAUUUUUUACAAAGACUUCAUUGAUUAAAUUAUUUUUUACUUUAUUGAUUUUCUUUUAUUAAUAACUGUUUGAUUGUCUCAUGAUGUAUCUUGAGUUUCUUUCCUCUUAGGGAAAAAGGAGACAUAGACUUAAAUUUAAUCAUAUAAAA